AUGGCUUCCCGUACGCCUGGGAUUAUUAAAGCUAAGCAGUUUGUACGGAGCAUUCUUUUGUCCCCCGAGACCACUGAUCAUGUGCCUAGAGGCCAUUUCGUUGUCUAUGUUGGAGAGACUCAAAAGAAGAGAUUUGUUGUUCCAAUCUCAUACUUGAAGCAUCCUUCAUUUCAGAUCUUGCUUGUUCAAGCUGAAGAAGAGUUUGGGUUUGAUCAUCCUAUAGGGAGUCUCAACAUCCCAUGUAUUGAAGAAGUCUUCCUCGAUAUCACCUGCAGUUUGUAGAAUUCCUAUGACAUGGAAAACAAUGAC